CGCCAAGCAUCCUCCACGUUGUUGCUCACGCCACCAGCUUCCUGGUUGGCCCGUGGUCCCGCUGUGUUCACCUUCCACCUCGUAGACACCAAGAUGUUCUUGUCUCCAGCCAUUCUGACCCAAGAGCAGAACCUCGCCUCCGUGAAGAAGGGAGUGCAUCAGGACGAGUAAGGCCGGCUCCAUGUAUCCGGAAUCAACCACAGGCUCCCCAGCUCGGCUCUCCCUGCGGCAGACGGGCUCCCCCGGCAUGAUCUACAGUACUCGGUAUGGGAGCCCCAAAAGACAGCUCCAGUUUUACAGGAACCUGGGCAAGUCGGGCCUGCGAGUCUCCUGCCUGGGGCUCGGAACAUGGGUGACCUUCGGAGGCCAGAUCACCGACGAGAUGGCAGAGCAGCUAAUGACCUUGGCCUAUGACAAUGGCAUCAACCUCUUCGAUACCGCAGAAGUCUACGCGGCGGGCAAAGCUGAAGUGGUGUUGGGAAACAUCAUCAAGAAGAAGGGAUGGAGACGAUCCAGCCUCGUCAUCACCACCAAGAUCUUCUGGGGAGGAAAAGCUGAGACGGAGAGGGGCCUUUCCAGGAAGCACAUAAUAGAAGGUCUGAAAGCUUCACUGGAGCGACUACAGUUGGAAUAUGUGGAUGUGGUAUUUGCCAACCGCCCAGACCCCAACACGCCCAUGGAAGAGACGGUGCGCGCCAUGACUCACGUCAUUAACCAGGGGAUGGCCAUGUACUGGGGCACAUCGCGCUGGAGCUCCAUGGAGAUCAUGGAGGCCUACUCCGUGGCCCGGCAGUUCAACCUGAUCCCGCCCAUCUGCGAGCAGGCGGAGUACCACAUGUUCCAGCGGGAGAAGGUAGAGGUGCAGCUGCCGGAGCUCUUCCACAAGAUAGGAGUGGGCGCCAUGACCUGGUCCCCUCUGGCCUGCGGCAUCGUUUCCGGAAAGUACGACAGUGGCAUCCCGCCCUACUCUAGAGCCUCUUUAAAGGGCUACCAGUGGCUGAAGGACAAGAUCCUGAGUGAGGAGGGCCGGCGCCAACAGGCCAAGCUGAAGGAACUGCAGGCCAUCGCCGAGCGCCUGGGCUGCACCCUCCCCCAGCUGGCCAUCGCCUGGUGCCUGAGGAAUGAGGGGGUCAGCUCCGUGCUCCUGGGUGCUUCCAGCGCAGACCAGCUGAUGGAGAACAUUGGAGCAAUACAGGUCCUUCCAAAACUGUCGUCUUCCAUCAUCCACGAGAUUGAUAGUAUUUUGGGCAAUAAACCCUACAGCAAAAAGGACUAUAGAUCCUAAGAAGCCCCCAACCAUUUGCCUGGACAGUUUCAUCUCCCUCCUAGCCUCUCUGUUUGCUCGCUUAAGCUAUUUUGAAGCCAAGAGUGUGGUUUGCAUCAAAAACAAAACAACGCACCAACAUGUCAUCAGGAGAAGAUCUCAAAAGUCGCUGCCACACAGUACCCGCUGCUUCACUGGACUAACGUCAGAUUCAUGCCGGAGGGUCGGCAUCAAUUCAAAGGCGUUCGAGCCGUCCCGCCCAAGCCUGCUGCCUCUGCUCAUCUUCCACCAAGAAACGACAUUUCUCCUAGCCAUGCCCCAUCUCAGAGACUCAAGUCCAGGCCAGGCCGAGACCCGUUGGGGCCUGGGAGCUGGCAGAGCUGGCCUCUCCUCUGCCGAGAAUCCCAUCUGGUACUGGGGAGGGGAAGAGGAAGCCAGGUCUGGCUCUUCCUGUGGCCCCUCGGCUGGGCCCUGGUUGGGGUGGCCUCCCACCGGGGUCUCCCUCAUCCCCCCUCUUGCCAAGGGCUCCAGGUACUGUCAUUGGGCCUGACAUCAGAUUCUCCCACACCCCCUCCUGCACACCACCUGCCCUGUUGGGUCUCCAAGGGGCCUUCAGAGCUGUCCUUUGAUGCCCACCCCCACUCUUGCUGGCAGAGGCAAGGAUCCAAGGGGGUUCGAUUGCUCCAGGGGGGACCCACAGGAAGUCAGGGGUCUGACUUCAAGCUCGUCGCCCCACUGGCUUCCUCAUCCUCACAAUUGAUGAGCCCCAGUGCCCAGACUCCAGCCCAGGUCCCUCCCCACCUGGUGCCCAGUCCAUUGCCCCUCUGUCCUUGCCCUGGAAGGCCCCAAGAUCAUGUGUGCUUCGCUGGACUGUGGCUGCUGACCGCACAUGGGGUGGCCAGCCUCUGCUCUGCCCGGGGUGGUGGCCUUGGGGUCUGCAGAGAGGACAUUCUGGGACCCUUCAGUGAGGGAAGGUCCCUGGGGUUUUCUGUGCUUCAUGCCCAGGGCCUGGGCAGCAACCACCCACAGUCCAGGAGAAGACCCCCGUAGCCUCUCCCUGGAGCAGCAUCCCCAGCAAGGGCUCAGACCAGGUCAGGUGGGGUGCUCAGAGCUUGUUGCCAGGGCAGCUAAGCAGCAGUUCUACCCCCAGGACACCCUUACAUGGCCUCUGAAGAGGGAGGGAUGGCUGGGUUGAUCAUUCCUUUCCACACCCCACACCCCAGCCUGGAAUAGGCUGGGCACAAGAACAGAGGGCAGGACCUUCAGAAGUGUCAGCCCCUCUACAGCCAGGCCUGGGGCUGCAGGGAAGGAGGAGGGGAGGGGCCCUCAGCCAAGAGGCCCAGCCCCCAUGGUCCUGAGUGGCACCCCAGCUUUUGCUGGCUGUGCAGGGGACCCGAGCCAGGCUCUGUGAAUGCACUGGCCUUCUGUGUAUGGGCCUGGGUGACUCCUACCCUGGGCACUCCCUACAUUCUCACUCACCCCUGGGCAGACAUGGACCUCCCUGCCAUUAUUCCCAAAGGCCUGCCGUCCAGUCCUGGCAGAGCUGAGGCCCAGGAAACUGACUUUAGGAAAGCCACAAGGUGGGGGGAGAACAACUUCCUCCACUCCAGACCUUUGUGCUGACCCUGGAGUCUAGAACCUUCUCCCUCCUUGUAGACUAGGCCCCUGGGGGUCUUCUUCACCAAGUCUCCUGCAAGUUUCACCCUAAUGAGCGUGAGGAGGGAACAAGCCUGUCCCAGCAGAGUUGCCACCAUCACAUGGGUGGGGGGCCUAGCUCCGAGGACAAGAUGCUAUAGUCCACCAGGCAGAGCCCAAGUUUCCCAACAGCUUGCCACGCUCAGGAGCCAGGUCACCUGCCCCUCCCUGGAGAGUCUGGCUGGACCCCCUCCACAGCACUACCACCCUGCCCACCCACCAAUGGAAGAGGGACCUGGGCUUGCUGUUGGGCCCAUGUUUGGGCCUGCCGCCCCCACCCCACAAGCUUUACAUCUGGGAAGGACAAGCCCAGUGGGAGACGUGGGCUCUCAGGGCCAAGCUCUUCCAAGGCCAAGAUGCCCAGCACCAAGUCCCAAGCCUGUUCCAGACCCUGGCGUGCUGUCUGCAGCCUAGUUCUGCAUUGCACCCCCUGCAAGUGGGUGUGGAAGGAUGGGGCUCCGCUUGCUGAGGAGCAGUCCCCAGACUUAGUGGGAGGUGGCUGGAGUGGGGAAGGGAUGGAGUGGGGCUCAAGAGCAGGGAGAGCCUGGAGAUGAAGAGCUUGGCCAAGGCAGGCCCUGGAGGGGAAGCCUGGGCUUCGGCAUGGGUUUGAGGCCAGCCGUCCUCACCCUACCCUGUUGAGGAGAAGCCCCCCUGCAGUCCCCAGCCAUCUGCCAGCCAGCCUCUCACCCUCCCCUGGAAGCAAAGUUUGCCCCCAGGGGUCCACCUUGGGAGUUCCCCCCCAGGGAAGAAGGCCCAGUCUGCGUGGGAGCGGGACCAGUCUUCCUUGCUAAGGACACAUGCAGCCCCUACCAUUUUUCAUCCCAAAUCUACAGCAAGUCUGAGGUCCCAAGAACAACAGAGGGGUCUGCCCUGUCUCCUGUUCUCUCUGGCCGUGUAAAUAAUGUGCUGUUUCUCUCCCCCCCCUUUUUUUUUAAUGACUGUGGCUCCUCAGCUAACUGCAUCACCGCCCCCCGCCCCCGACAGGCAGAAACACCGUAUGCCUCGCGCUUCCAAUGACACUCAGUGGAGACACAGCGCCGUAUUUAUGGAAUGACAAAAUAAAACCCGAGCCCAUCA